GCCUGCGGUUACUAUGACAACGAAACCACCACCACCCCCUUGUGGGAAGGGGCGUGAUUCGGAGUAUUCCUGUGUGACGCACGCGCAGUAAAGGCCGCGACCUCUGAUGCCAAACUCUGGUGUCAGAACGGCUUCUAAGCGCGUCACGCCGGCUGAGACGCAGGCGGAGGAUCCUGGCUGGUGGGGCGGGAGUCUGUUUAGCUUGUCAGGCGAGCGCGGAGCGUUAGGCCUGCCUUGGCGAAAGAAGCCGGAGUCGGCGGCAGGGGAGUUUCGCUCCCUGACGGGGUUUCUUGCGUGCUCUGCUUCGGCUCCACCUUGCAGGAAAAAUGACUGCCAAUGAGUCUGUUGAAAUAUUUUCAAAAGUUCUUCAGACAACCAGUAUUAUAGAAGAACAACUUGAUGCAGAGCUUCAAAAAUUGGACUGCAUGGAUGAAGGUGAAUUGGGACUCCUAAAGCAAAGAAGGCUUGAAGCACUGAAGAAAGCCCAGCUACAAAAACAAGAGUGGCUUUCAAAAGGACAUGGAGAAUACAUGGAAAUCCCCAGUGAAAGAGAUUUUUUUCAACAAGUGAAAGAGAGUAAAAAUGUGGUCUGCCACUUCUAUAGAGAUACAACUUUCAGAUGCUUAAUAUUAGACAAGCAUUUAGCUACAUUGGCAAAAAAGCACAUUGAGACUAAGUUUAUCAAAUUAAAUGCUGAAAAAGCCCCAUUCCUGUGUGAAAGACUUCGCAUCAAAGUAAUUCCCACACUAGCGCUUGUAAAAGAUGGGAAAACCCAGGAUUAUGUGGUUGGCUUCACUGAUCUGGGAAACACGGAUGAUUUUACUACGGAGACCUUAGAAUGGAGAUUAGGCUGUGCAGAUAUAAUCAACUACAGUGGCAACUUGGUGGACCCCCCUUUCCAGAACCAAAAGAAGCUUGGAACCAGUUUCACAAAGCUAGAUAAGAAAACGAUCAGAGGAAAAACAUACGAUUCAGAUUCUGACGAGGAUUAGAACAUCAUGACAAUUAAAAAAAAUUGUAAAUCA